AUGGGGAGCUCCAGAAGCAUCCUGCUCUGCCUCUUUGGGGCUGCGCUCUGCCUGACAGGUACCAGGACUUCUACAUCCACAGGGUCCCAAGCCCUCCAAUGCUACAGCUUUGAACACAUCUACUCGGGCCCCUUUGACCUCAGCGGCAAGCAGCUCCUCACAGUCUCCUGUUCCGGCAGAUGCUUUGAGGCUGUCAGCUCCCUCAGCACGGGGUAUCGCUCCUCCGUGACACUGGUAAAGAAGGGCUGCUGGACGGGCUCGCCUAACGGCCAGAUGGAGGUGAACCAAGACUCGCUGCCGCCCGACUUCUCGCUGGUGCGCGGCUGCGCCACCCAUCUGUGCAACGUUGACAUCAUGAACCACGACAGCAUCCCCAACCUGAGCCCAGCGCCCGACCCGCCAUUACUCAGCGGCACCGAGUGCUACGCCUGCGUGGGGAUCUCGCCGGAGGACUGUGCUCCCAACAAGUCCCGGCGGGUCCAAUGUCACCAGAAGGAGAGCGUCUGCUUCCAGGGCAAUGGCCAAAUGACCAUCGCCAAUUUCUCAGUCCCUGUGUACAUCAGAACCUGCCACCGGCCCUCCUGCACCGUCAUGGGUACCACCAGCCCCUGGUCGGACAUCGACCUCCAGGGCUUCUGCUGCAAGGGCAACCUCUGCAACCGGGACUCCGUCUUUGAGCUCUUCACCUCUGCAGCCGCCACUCCCCAGGCGCCCCACUUUGUGGUCCUGCUGCUAACGCUUCCCCUGCUGGUGGGCGCUCUGGGAGGACCUCUCUGGCUCUCCUCAUAG